AUGUUCACAAACAUAGGCCUGAGGGCAGUUCUCAAGGUCCAAGCUAGUGUUUUGCGGGAAAGCUCGGCAGCUCUCUGUUGUGCUGCAUCAGUCAAACCGUGGACGAACAGGUCGAGUUUACUGUCAGGACCAAAAGUGAGAAGUGGAAGCUUUGCUGUUCCACAGCCAGUGAGACACUAUGCCCGGGCUGCAAAGAAGAAGAAGACAGGACCUGAGAGCCAACUCAACGAUCUUCCUCCAACAAUGCUGAAGAUGGAUUAUGCGGCUGUUCCCCUUGCUCAAACAACUGAUGAUCUUGUCAAAAGGCUUCUUUCACUGGAGUUGGCUAGUCAUAAGGAAAAGCUACAGCUAAAACAAGAACAGCUAAUUGCAAAGGUCCAGAGAGAUGAGAGUGACCGAAGCUCAGAGGAAGUACAAGUGGCUAUAUUGACUGCUAGAAUCCGAAACUACCAGGAACAUUUGCAAAAACAUCAUAAGGAUAAAGCAAACAAGAGGCGAAUGCUUAUGGCCAUUGACCGAAGGAAAAAGAUUUUGAAACACCUUCGGUUGAUUCGCUACGAUGCCUUUGAGAAAGUGUGUGAGCAGCUGGGCAUCACAUACACCUUCCCCCCAGAGUACUACAGACGGGCCACCCGUCGCUGGAUGGCCAAGAAAGAAUUCUGCAUUAAGGUCUUCAAAGCAGUGCAAAAGCAAAAAGCAGAGCAGAGGCUGAAGAUAAAGCAGAGUUCAGGCUCCACAGACACGGAGUCAGCAAAGACAAAUGCAGCUGAGAUCUAA